GUGGGCUGGGCUUCUCGCUCUCUUUUUUUUUCUCCUCCUCUUCCCGUUCGACUUCGUCCCUACUAACCAUCACCAACCAGCCAAAUCGACAAAAUGGGUGCCACCACUGUCCCUACCAACGACCACAUCUUGGUCCCUGAGACCCUCCUCAAGAAGCGCAAGAGCCAGGAGAAGGCUCGCGCUGAGCGCUCUGCCGCUGUUGAGAAGCGCAAGGCCGCCAACAAGGAGAAGCGUGGCGUCAUCUUCAAGCGUGCCGAGAAGUACGUCAAGGAGUACCGCGAUGCUGAGCGCGAGAAGGUCCGCCUUACCCGCGCCGCCAAGAAGGACGACUCUGCCUACAUCCCCGCUGAGGGCAAGCUCAUGUUCGUCAUCCGCAUCAAGGGUAUCAACAAGAUUGCCCCCAAGCCCCGCAAGAUCCUCCAGCUCCUCCGUCUCCUCCAGAUCAACAACGGUGUCUUCAUCCGCGUCACCAAGGCCACCACUGAGAUGCUUAAGAUCGUCGAGCCCUGGAUCGCCUACGGUUACCCCAACCUGAAGACCGUCAAGGAGCUCGUCUACAAGCGUGGUUACGGCAAGGUCGACAAGAAGCGCACUGCUCUUACCGACAACUCCAUCAUUGAGGACACCCUCGGCAAGUACGGCAUUGUCUGCAUGGAGGAUCUCGUCCACGAGAUCUUCACUGUUGGCCCCAACUUCAAGCAGGCUGCCAACUUCCUCUGGCCCUUCAAGCUCUCUUCCCCCACUGGCGGUUUCCGCACCCGCAAGUUCAAGCACUUCAUCGAGGGUGGUGACCUUGGCAACCGUGAGGAUGCCAUCAACGCCCUUGUUCGCCAGAUGAACUAAGGUGUUGUGUCACGAUUCAAAAGUGUGAAUGUGGUGUAGGGUCGAGAAGUAAAAUAGCAAAGAGACUAGAAAAAAGAGGCUCUUGUUGUUACGGCGUUCAUAGUUAUGACAUAGGUUUUGUGCAAAAAUAAAGCCUUUCCAUGAAUAAUACCAAACUAUUCUCCUACUCUACUGUGGUGUCUUGCAUAUCUAUUGUGAACAAAAAGAAUAAACAUAAAUAGAUGUGACGCAAAGUAUAAUCAAUGUAUUAUUUUGUCCUAUUGCAGUGGCUGUUCAAAUGGCUCUAUGAAAAGCUUUAGUGGUGUGACUUGUGGAGUGCGGCGUUUUAUGGGCUGAGAAGACAUGGGUGAUAAUAUACAAGAGAGUGGUUUGUAUUAAUGGGACAUGUUUAUGCUCUAUUUUACAUUUUGAUAUCGAAGCUUGUUCCACAGCCACAGCUACUUGUUGCUAGCGGGUUAUCAAUAAUCUUAAACUGUGAUCCAAUCAGUUCUUGGGUAAAGUCGACCUUGCUACCCUUGAGUAGAUCAAGAGAUGGUUCAUCCAAGAUGAUUUUGGGCGAGGAUUCCUGCGCAGUUUCUGAUGCGGAGUCUUCGGCAACGAAUUGGAAAAUGGAGUCGUCCUCUUUAAUAAUCGUUGUGUCCUCGGCACCUUCGCUUGGUAUUGUUAUGAGGCUCAUAAUGUAUUGGAAGCCGUGGCAGCCGCCGCUCUCGACUUGGAUGCGCAGAGCAAGAUUGGGGUUCUUGUCCUUUGCCAUAAUUUGAUCCAAACGCUGUAAAAUAUUAGUUUCUUGCUUGUUUACUAUAUUUGGCUUGUGAUCAACAAACCUUGGCAGCUCGCGGGGUAAUCUCGAGCAUCAUCUCGUAUGCCGUCUUCUGCUUGUGGGAGUUUCGGAUGCAGACAGUGGCUUGUCUGGCGGAAGAUGUGGAGAAGAGACGAGAUGUAUUAGAGAAGGAUGUAAUGCGGGAGUCAAUGCGGGAUAUGGAUAUGCGAGGAGUCGAGCUAUGGAGAGUGGGAGCUGCGAUGCUCUUUCGCGGGACGAGGAAGUCGAAGCUCGAGGAGGUGCUGGUGGUGCCGUAUCGUCGUUUAGCAAGCUGCACAAAGGCACGAGCUGUGCAGGUAUUGCUGGCGCAGCGUAUGGGAGCCAUGUUUGACGGUUGUUUGCGCGGGGAUGCAAAUGCGUCUGGCGCCAAUGUCGAGAUGCAGACGACAAAAGGGUGGUUGUAUUAUAAAUUUACAUGGGGACGCCUAUGGUUGGCUACAGCAAAAAAAGAGAGCACGAGAACUGGAUGAGUCAGCGAGCAGCAGUGCACAGUGUGUAGGGAGCCGUGCGAGGGGCAUUCUCC